AUGUAUUUUCAAAGGUCCAUCAAUUUCAAAGGGAAGAUGAACUUGUUAAAAGAAGGGCAGAAGGAGAAAUCAAAGGGAAGACCUAAGAAAAAUAACAUGGUCAUAAGAGGAGAGAAUGUGAAACCUUGCAAAAGAAAGCCAAAUCAUUACUUUUCUCCAUUCAAUGGAAGUAAUUUGGGAGUGAAUAAUCCGUAUCCACCGCAACCAUCCUUUGGAUUCGAAGUUCCGCAGUCCCAAAAGAAGCUAUCGAAUGAAUUCCAGUUUUCGCCUAUGAUUUCUAACCAGCUUGGUAGUGCACGAAAUAUCAAGUUUAAUGGGAAUCUUGAAGAGCGUGCACCCUCUAGUGCUACUUUGCAAGCCCUGGGAGGAUGUAGCUUACACAAGAAUAUAUUACAGCAGGAUAAUGUAGCUUCUCGCAUUUGGGCAUCCUUGGCCUCGAAUCGCACUUCCUUAGGGUAUGAUGUAUCACAAAAGGUUGCUUCUCAACCUAGUAGUAAUAGCAACAUGGACAUAACUUCACUCCGAUCUGGUGCAGUACAUAUGCAGAACUCGGGGAGGGAUAUUGAUCUUAACUACACAAAUAUCAAUGCUACAUGCCAAGACAAGCAAGGUAGUAGGAAUACAGGUGCUGGAGUCUUCAGCAGGAUGAAUGGAGAAUACUCAUUUCCUUGCAAGCAUAAUGGAAUAGAGCCUCAUCAAAAUUUGAGGGGAUCUUUGGAUUUGUAUUCUAAUGAGACAAUACCUGCCAUGCAUUUACUUAGCCUUAUGGAUGCCGGAAUGCAGUCGCGUACACCCUUCAAUGUUGGUGUUAAUGCCCAAAUGCUCAAUAGACCCUCUUAUCCUGGUGAUUGCAAUACCAAGAUGGAGAUAAGUUCUAAAGCCAAUGGUACCCUGAAAAGGCAGUCAUCUGAUUAUUACAACAGGAGCUACUUAUCGGAUAAAUCCCAUGGCUGUUUAAUUGGCUCUCAAACCUUUGGCGGGUCUUCAUCAGCUCAGCAUGGAAAGAAGUUUACAAAAGAUGCGGGAUCCAAUGAUCAAAACUCAACAAAGUUUGGAAAGAAAGAAAAGAUGAGGAGUUCCAACGCACCCCUGCAGAGUAGAUUUCUUAAGCAGUGUAGCUUGUCUUAUAACGAAACAAAAACUUCCCAGCAACACAGAUUGGAAGCUCACGGUACUCAUACCUCUGUGCAAUUAAAGAUCACACCCGGUGUCUCAUGUACAGUGAACAGAAAUCCAGCUGAGUUCACCAUUCCGGAAACAGGGAAUGUCUAUAUGAUCAGAGGAGAGGAUCUCAAAUUUUUUAAUAGUAUUCCCCAAAACAAACAUUUUUUCCCUAUUCCAUGUGGACACAAGCAGCUGAGGUGUCUGAGCAGGGAACACUAGAUGAUAUACCCAUGGAAAUUGUGGAACUCAUGGCAAAGAAUCAGUAUGAGAGGUGUCUUCCUGACGUAGAAAAUAGAUGCUCAAUAUUUGAAAAAUCCUCUAACAGUAGGAAUGCACAGAUGACAUCUGGUACUGCUGUUUACGGCAAA